UACUAACCCGAAGGGGAGAAAACAUUUCCUUGUAGGAUUAGCAGAGAGCAACUGCAACAAUGAAAGGCUGUGUUCUCCUCACCGUUGUAUGGUUUAUCUUCUGUAUAGAGGCAGGAGUAGCAAAUACCACAGCAUCCACAGAAACACCUAGUGCCUCCAUGCCCACAGAAACAUCGAGUAUCUCCACACCCACAGAAGCAUCAAGUGUCUCCACGCCCACAGACACAUCAAAUGUCUCCAUGCCCACAGAAGCAUCAAGUGUCUCCACGCCCACAGACACAUCAAAUGUCUCCAUGCCCACAGAAGCAUCAAGUGUCUCCACGCCCACAGACACAUCAAGUGUCUCCACGCCCACAGACACAUCGAGUGACUCUACGCCCACAGACACAUCGAAUGUCUCCACGCCCACAGACACAUCGAAUGUCUCCAUGCCCACAGAAAUAUCAAGUGUCUCCAUGCUCACAAACUCAACGGAUGCUCCAACUUCCUCAACUGCAACUGCAGGAAUAGUAACUACACCAGGACCCCCUACUUGUGCUGACCAACCAUGUGAAUACGCUGCUGUAUGUAUUGAUCUGUUCCAAAGCUUUUCAUGCCAAUGUCCUUAUGGAUUUUAUUAUAUGAACACAUCAGGUUGCCAGCAAGGCAAAAUAUUUCCAGGAGAAUUCACUCUGAUGCAACCAUAUGAUCAAGCUAUGGAAAAUAUUCAAUCUGAAGUUUAUGCAGCUUUGUACCACAAUGUCACCAACAUUUUCAGUGAAAUAUUCAGAGAUGAGAAAAGUUACCAGGAAACAAUCAUUAUAAGCAUAAAACCAUCUACACAAGCAUCAAAAAGGCUGAGUAAGGCUGAAGCCGCAAGCAACGUCAGCAUUACGUUAAUCAAUUUGUUUGAUAUAAACACAAAAGUAACACCUCAAGCAUGGAUGGAGAAGGUUAAUAGUUCGAAUGCCAUCAAGUUCGAUCGGAAUCUAUCACAGUGUGCUGUUUACGGCUGUGAUGGAAAAACUACAAUAUGCAGUGACACAAACAGUGAUUCUCAUCCUACCUGUGAAUGUCGUCCAAGUCUUGCCAAGAUGAACCCUGAGGACAAAGCUUGUUUACUUUGCAAGUCCACUGAGUGCUCUCCAGAAAAGAAUCAACACUGUAUUAUGACAGCGGAAAACGUUCCAGAGUGUCGGUGCCAGUCUGGUUUCCAAAAAGAGGGUGACAAAUGUCAGGAGUGUGCUUUUGGCUACUCUGGGGAAGACUGUAAGGAAGUUUACCUGGCAGCCCUCGUAGGAGUAUCUGUUGCGUGUGGAGUUGUUAUUAUAGUCUUAAUUGGAGUGCUCAUCUACAAAGUAAUCAGAAGAAAUAAAGAGCCUUCACUUGAAAGAAGGAGCUUGCUACAAAAUGAUUAUUCAACCACAAGAGAAACUCCUGGAAAUGGCUCUUACAGCAACCCUGCUGUAAAGCAGAGGAUGUUCCCAAGAGUCCAAGCUGGAAAUCCUGCAGAGGCACCCAGCACAACCACAGCUAACCAAGGAGGCAAUUUGCGUGAAGCAGGCGCAGCAAACAAGGCUUAUGUUCCUGAGCGGGACUAUGACGACGACAAUAAUCCCUGGCUUGAAAUGUCAUCAAGAGACAGAUUCUGAGUCCAGCCAUAAGAGACUGCGGAUGUUUGUGAAUUUGAGCAUUACUGAGAAGCCAACACACGUUUCUUCUGAACCACUUUGUGACACUGCUGUUUGGUAAUUAGAGUGCUCACAAUACAGAAGAAGAAUCCUGCUAAUCACUUCUGAAGGAUCGACAUGCCACCUAAAUGGCACUAGCUCUAGUCUCAGUCCAGAGAAAGGCUGAUUCGUUUCUUCUUGUCUUUUUUUAAAAGGUUUUUUUUAGUAUUGUUUUCAACAAAUAUUACCUGUAUCUCUGCCUUAGAAACUAGGUGAACAGUCCAGGCAACGCAAGUCGGUGACGUGACCUCUGUAAUCUACUAUUAAUCCCUUUAAC